AUGAGCAAGUCCCGGGUGCACACUAAUCAUCAUGCCUGUGCACGGCGUAGAUUCUACCAGACGGCCACUCUCAUCCGGUUCGACUACGUUCUAACCUAUGUUCUAUAUUAUGUUCGUGCCUACCGCACCAUCCACAACAGCGGGAUAAUCACGAUUGCGGCGGAGACGGGGUACCUUCGCGAGACUUUGCCUCUCACCGUCGCGACGACUCGAAAUAUCCUCAGGUUGGGUAGCAGGGAGCUGGCGUGGUUCGAGAGGGAUAGCGAGUCCAUUGAAACGGUUGUCGUCGCUUUUGUACGCCAUGCGUUGGUCGCUUUUCGUCCUGUUUGUGGCGUCGCUAGUCAGCGAUGCCUACUCGGAAUCCCACUCUGUGAGCUUCAUAAACAAUUGUGGUUCGGGAAUGCCGACACUCUUGAUAGGCCAAACGCUGUGGCGUACCUCGAUCAAGAUGGUUGCGCCGCUGGAGGCAGCGAGACCUGCAUGGAGAUCGAGUUCGGUCUCUCGAACAGUUCCCCUUCCUUUGUCGACAUUUUGUUGAUCCCACCCCAAACAUACCAAAAUGCGGCAUGCGUGUCGUUUUCGAAUGGAUGCGAUGGGGCUAGUUUGAGCUGCACGGAGCCUGGCUGUUCAGCGGCGUUCACAAGUCAGGACGACUCAGCCGGCGCCGGGACUGUCCUCAUGUGUGAGGAAGAGGAUGUCAACAUCGUCAUCACAUUCUGCGGCUGUGACACGGCUCCGGUGGAAUCAAGCGCUUCAGGCACCCUUAUCACUACCGGGACACCGAACAUCACGUCUACCACUGCUCAAGCAAUGACCCCCUCGUCCUCGACGUUGCUCGCCGACUCACCGCUCAAGAUGAUAUCGACUACUGCCAGCGACUCUUCUUGGACGACAACCUCCUCUACGUCUACGUCUACGUCCUCAUCUCCCGCUACUGCGAUCACUACUACGUCCAAAGCCCUCACCGCAACCUCCAGCGCACGCCCUUCUUCAAGCAAUGCUACGGGCAUUACCACGAUCACAAGCAGUCCCUCAUCUUCAGUUCAGGGAGUUCCCAGCGCCCCGUCCUCCACAUCCUCAAUCUCGAGCCCUUCAACAUCCAACCCGGAAUUUCCUGGCGUAGUAGGAGCGUCAAGAAAGUCGACCGACCAUUCAGCAGUAAUCGGUGGGGUGCUUGGCGGUGCCCUUGCUGCACUUACCCUCACUGUCGCGAUUUUCUUUUUCAUCCGCCGACGUCGUCGAGGACAAUAUGCUGAAACGAGCGGUCAGCGUGGCUCGGAGUUUUUCCCCAGAGAUUCAUCGCAAGUUCCCGUGGCGUACGGAAACGGCGAUCGCGCAACGACCUACGCCCCGAUCUCAAGUGCCGCAUCGCCCGUUAUGCACUCACCGCAUCCGUGGAUGACAUCGCCAGAAACCGUCAUGGACAUCCGAUCGACCUUCAUUAGUGACUACACUCGCACUGUAGAGAGCAACGCGGCAAGGACGUCGACCAUCUCGAGCAACAAUCCGUUCAAUCUGCCGCCUCUGACCAACAUUUCGUCGUUCUCCUUGCUCUCUCCUCCGGAGGAAGAAAGAGGGACCUCCUCAGCAGGAGGCUCGCUCGGGCAGCGUGUCCCAGUCACGGACCCAUUUGACCCAUUCAGUGACGCUCGAGCAGUAGACGAUCCUCCGCCUAGCUACAAGGGAUGA